CAAUUUUUUUAAAAAUUCAAGAACACUAAAAUUAUUCAUAAUUAUUUAGUUCUGCAGUGUUUAUUCUGAUCCAGCAGCCAGGCAGCUCAGUGUGUAUCAGUGCAUGUUCUCUCAGUUAAAUAUAACACAGCUACUUUUGGGGCUUGACGCUAUCUAUAGCUUGCUAACGUGGGUUUUGAGGAACGUCUGGUGCUCUGCGUCAUAUGGUGCUGUGUUCCUGUGGGCACUGCAGCAGCCAGGAGCCUCAACACACUGUUAGGGUUAAUAAGGAAAGUUUACAGAAGGGUCAAACGUCACAAAGACUGGGAGUUUCCAUGUUGACAUCUGUCAUUUAUCCAUAUAUCAAGUGUACAGUAGAAGUUCUGAACAGUAACUCCAAGCCUCUGAACAGUAACUCCAAACUUUUGAACAGUGACUCCAUACUUCUCAACAGUAACUCCAGACUUCUCAACAGUAACUCCAAACCUCUGAACAGUAACUCCAAACCUCUCAACUGUAACUCCAGAUUUCUGAACAGUAACUCCAGAUUUCUGAACAGUAACUCCAGAUUUCUGAACAGUAACUCCAGAUCUCUGAGCCCUAACUCCAGACCUCUGAGCCGUAACUCCAAACCUCUGAGCCGUAAAUCCAUACUUCUCAACAGUAACUACAAACUUCUCAACAGUAACUCCAGACUUCUCAACAGUAACUCCAGACUUCUCACCAGUAACUUCAAACUUCUCAACAGUAACUCCAGACUUCUCAACAGUAACUCCAGACUUCUCAACAGUAACUCCAGACUUCUCAACAGUAACUCCAGACUUCUCACCAGUAACUCCAGACUUCUGAACCGUAACUCCAGACUUCUGAACCAUAACUUCAAACCUCUGACCAGUAACUCCAAACUUUUGAACAGUAACUCCAAACUUUUGAACAGUAACUCCAAACUUCUGAACCGUAACUCCAAACUUUUGAACAGUAACUCCAAACUUUUGAACAGUAACUCCAAACCUCUGAACAGUAACUCCAAACCUCUGAACAGUAACUCCAAACCUCUGAACAGUAACUCCAAACCUCUGAACAGUGACUGUACACUUUUGAACAGUAACUCUACACUUCUGAACAGUAACUCCAACCUUUUGAACCUUUUUAGAAGUUUGACUCCAAACCUCUGAACAGUAAUUUGGGAUUCUGGGAUCAGGUGCUCUUUGUCAGGGAUCCCUCCAGGUGAAAGGUCGUGCAUCACAAACACCUCUAAGUCCAAAAAGGAGCAAAUCAUACAUGCUAAACAUUGUGUAGUGUGUGGAGAAUUUUGAUUCUCUUAUUGUCUACUAAUAAUGCCCAGAGUUAAUCUCUAUACUGUACAUGUGUAUGUGUGUGUGUUUCAGCUGUGGUAGUAACACUUUGGUGUGGCUAGCAUGUGUUUAUAGUGUACUUGAGCGAACAGUAUCCAUGUGGGAUGGUGUAGAUUGCAGCUCGAGUGCCAUGACACGGAUGUUACACUUUUAAUACAUGUGCAGCGCCUGGAGUGUGUUUUGUGUCUAAGAAUGUCAGCUGUUCCAAACACCCACUGUCUGGGAACACCAGGGAUAGUGGCUAAAUAUACUGCUAAUUUGUCACAUGCAUACACAUACAGUAUAUAUAUAUAUAUACACACACACACACACACACACACAGAUGGAGUGUGUAGAGAGUAGAGUGUUUAUUUGUGUGUGUUUGUC